AUGCCAUCACAUAACCCUAAUAAUGAUCAUUCUGACGAUGAAAGUUCUGAUUACUUUGAUACUGAUGAUGAUAUUGUAGAGCCAGGUGCUAAAAAGAAAAAAACCCAAUUAUUACGAUUUCUAAUUAUGACUAACGCCGAAGAAAUUAAAACUAAACUUGGCAAAUACACCGAGCAACUCGAACAGCAACUCGAACCUUGA